UGUACUGUGCUGCUGAGCUCUUAACAUGAAGCAGCAGCAGUGACCCUGGUGGGCCAGGCUGACGUGCGUGGGAACAGGGGGAGUGACCCUGGCUGGGAAGCAGGGAGGCCUGGAUAUUGUUUCUCCUGGCUCUGUGUCUUGCCAUUCUCGUCCCUGUGCUCAGAGCUCUCAAGCACCCACGAUGGCCUUCUCAGGCCGAGCGCGCCCCUGCGUUAUCCCAGAGAACGAAGAAAUCCCCCGAGCAGCCCUUAACAGUGUCCAUGAGGCCAAUGGGACCGAGGACGAGAGGGCUGUUUCCAAACUGCAGCGCAGGCACAGUGACGUGAAAGUCUACAAGGAGUUCUGUGACUUUUAUGCGAAAUUCAACAUGGCCAACGCCCUGGCCAGCGCCACUUGCGAGCGCUGCAAGGGCGGCUUUGCGCCAGCUGAGAAGAUCGUGAACAGUAAUGGGGAGCUGUACCAUGAGCAGUGUUUCGUGUGCACUCAGUGCUUCCAGCAGUUCCCAGAAGGACUCUUCUAUGAGUUUGAAGGAAGAAAGUACUGUGAACAUGACUUUCAGAUGCUCUUUGCCCCUUGCUGUCAUCAGUGUGGUGAAUUCAUCAUUGGCCGAGUUAUCAAAGCCAUGAAUAACAGCUGGCAUCCGGAGUGCUUCCGCUGUGACCUCUGCCAGGAAGUUCUGGCAGAUAUCGGGUUUGUCAAGAAUGCUGGGAGACACCUGUGUCGCCCCUGUCAUAAUCGUGAGAAAGCCAGAGGCCUUGGGAAAUACAUCUGCCAGAAAUGCCAUGCUAUCAUCGAUGAGCAGCCUCUGAUAUUCAAGAACGACCCCUACCAUCCAGACCAUUUCAACUGCGCCAACUGCAGGAAGGAGCUGACUGCCGAUGCACGGGAGCUGAAAGGGGAGCUAUACUGCCUGCCAUGCCAUGAUAAAAUGGGGGUCCCCAUCUGUGGCGCUUGCCGACGACCCAUCGAAGGGUGCGUGGUGAACGCCAUGGGCAAGCAGUGGCAUGUGGAGCAUUUUGUUUGUGCUAAGUGUGAGAAACCCUUUCUUGGACAUCGCCAUUAUGAGAGGAAAGGCCUGGCGUAUUGUGAAACUCACUAUAACCAGCUAUUUGGUGAUGUUUGCUUCCACUGCAAUCGUGUUAUAGAAGGUGAUGUGGUCUCUGCUCUUAAUAAGGCCUGGUGCGUGAACUGCUUUGCCUGUUCUACCUGCAACACUAAAUUAACACUCAAGAAUAAGUUUGUGGAGUUUGACAUGAAGCCAGUCUGUAAGAAGUGCUAUGAGAAAUUUCCAUUGGAGCUGAAGAAAAGACUUAAGAAACUAGCUGAGACCUUAGGAAGGAAAUAAGUUCCUUUAUUUUUUCUUUUCUAUGCAAGAUAAGAGAUUACCAACAUUACUUGUCUUGAUCUACCCAUAUUUAAAGCUAUAUCUCAAAGCAGUCGAGAGAGAAGAGGACCUAUAUGAAUGGUUUUAUGUCAUUUUUUAAUUAAAAAAGAAAAAUUCAUAUAAUCAUGUUUAAAACACAAAUGAAGUCAGUAUUUGCCUUUGUUAACCCUUAUCCAUUUGUUGACAUGUAGACUGUUUACAAAAAAAAAAAACACAUGGUUAAAUGUUAAAUUUUAAUUAAGGCCCCCAAAAAUUAAAUAUAACUUUUUAAAAUGAAAGGAGUCACCUUUUACAUGACUCAGGUGAAAAAACAGUAUAAACAUUAAUUUACUUUGUGUUCAAAAGAAAAUUCCAACUGCUGUUGGGGAAGGACACAGAAAAGAAAAAUAACCACCCAAGAGAAACAAAAACAAGAAAAACAAAUCUAUACAAUCUUAGUAUAUCUAUCAAACUAGUAGCUAGAAAGUGAAUAUGCACGUUACUAAGACAAAAAACAAGUGUAAUUCAGAACUACUUGAUUUUUUUUAGUUAAAUGCAAUAAUUAUUAUGCUUAGUUUUAUAACCUGCUCUCCUUGUGAAUUCUUCCUUCAAAUGAUUACUGAACGCAGUAGUAAUAGCUAGCUAGUAGGAUGUCCUUUAAAUUUUUGUGCAAAAAAAAUUUAUACCAGGUAUUUGGAAAUAUACUUUACAAUAUUGGAAAAUGAAGUAUUUUUAAUGUAUUACAGCAAUUAUGUUUCUAAGCUUAAUGUUAAGCAUGUAGUCUUAGAAUAGGACAUGAAAUUAAAUUGUAUGUAGCUUGGAAUAUAUUGCUUCAGAAAACUGAA